CAGGGUUUCUCCGGAAGAGGCUACUUUUUUUCUGCUGAUUGAGCUCAACUUUCAUUAACAGCCUCAACUGCAACCCACCCGCCAACCCCCGCCCCACCAACCACCGACACCUUCUUCACCCACCAUGAACUGCGUGCGGUCGCUCACGGCGCACGGACUGCGCCCCACGAUCUCCUGCAGCGGUCCUACCGUGCUCUCCCGCGGCUUGAGAUUAAAAGCCGGCGACGAUGGAGCCGCAAGAGUGCGUACGAUAGAGAGCAUGCCGUUCCAAACGUACCAACUCGCGCUCAAAGUGAUUCGCGCCGACCGCUUGGAGAAGAUGGAGGCUGUUGCCUACCAACGAAAGAAGAUCGCCGACAUCGUUGAGCGGGAGGGCGACAAGGUCAACCAUCAUCGAAUCAAGGAAUUGACUAAGCACCUGGAAUAUCUGCAGAUCCAGGCUGAUAUCAACAACCCCAGAGUCAAGUACAACUUUGACCGGGGAACAAUCAAUUUGAACAAGCCGGUCUACAGGUUCCUUGCAAACCGGAAAUGGAGGGAAUACCGACGGCCGAUUCUGAUGCAGCGUUUGACGCAGCUGAGCGUGAUCCCCGACGUGCUGCCCGUGCUUGAUCCCGUGGUCGAUGUGCAGCUGCGGUUCUGGGGAUACGAUGUACCGCCCGGCACGAUCUUGGACUCUUCAAAGACGGAGGCCCCGCCGACAUUCAAGGUCAUUCCUUUCACUACGGGGAAGAAGCUUUGCACUGUGGUGGUUGUGGACUCGGACGUCCCCAACGUUGCCAAAGACUCCUUCGAUUACCGACUACACUGGCUGGUCUCGAACAUCGUAAUCUCACCAACGCAAACACAAGCCGUUGGCACUGGAGCCCAACCCUCAGAUACCAUCGUGGACUGGCUUCCUCCGCACGUACAGAAGGGAUCUCCCUACCACCGUUACUCCGUGAUCGUCUUCGAGCAGGAGGGAAAGAUUGAUGCCGAGGCCCUGAAGGGAAAGAUCAUCCGCGAUGGAUUCAACACACGGAAUUUCCAGGCCAAGCAGAAACUCAAGGCCAUCGGUGCCUUCCUGUUCAGAUCGGAGUGGGACGAGAACACGGCGCAGAUCAUGCAGAAGCACGGAUUGGAGGGCUGGGAUAGGAUGCUGGUGCGCGUAAAGGACGAGUGAUUGUUCCGGUGACGACGAAGCGCUUGUCUGUAAAAUAUCAAACGAAACGGGGAUGCAA